UGUCCAUUCAAUCAGAAACGAACGUAUGAAAGUCACCGGCUGGACCACACGGUGACAGAGUCACAAUUAUAGAAAACCUGUCCCGCACAAAAUAAGGAUGAAGAUAUCAUUGCUAAAUAUUCAAUACAACAGAAUGCUUCUGAUUUUAGGAAUACAUUGGCUGUUGAUUUCGUUACAGUUAGUCCCUGUCAAGGGUAGUACUCUGAUUCGUGAGGAGGAACCCGGGAAAGCUGAUAUUGAGUCCAAUACACAAUUUAAUUAUAGCCCCUACUCGAUGAGAGGUCCAGCUAUGUGGAAAUACCAAUGGGAGGAUUGCCGAGCUAAUCGCCAGUCACCGAUAAACAUCGAUACACAGAGGGUAAUGCAUAAGAUGGGCUACAAAAUUCACUACAAUCUGGAAAACUUAAGGACCAGUGGACAGUUUGUAAAUAAUGGACACACGUGUGCUUUUUAUCCUGACAAGAAGCUGAGAGUUUUAUACGGGGUCCCCCACUCAGAAAAGGAUAUUUACGUCUUUGACCAGAUUCACAUUCACUUUGGAAAUGACCUUGAACACGGUUCCGAACAUUCCAUGAACGGACGUUUCUUCCCCAUCGAACUUCAUAUGGCUCAUUACAAUUCCAAAUACGGAGAUGCGAAGAACGCUUCAAAAUACAGGGAUGGCACCGUAGUCUUAUCUGUUUUAUUCGAGGUAGGGCACAACGGUCCGGGAGAAGUAGAUAAAUUCAUUCAAAAUUUCGUCCCACAAAUUAAAAUGCCAAAACAUGAAGGAGUUCAGUCAGUUAUAGAUUUAUCGGGAAUAUUGCCAUAUAACCGAGACUUCUAUACAUACUACGGAUCUAAGACAACCCCGCCAUGUGAAUAUAACACGCGAUGGAUCAUCUUUAAACAGCACAGAACUAUCACUAGAAAGUCUCAUAAACUCUUGUUCCUACUCCGUAAUAAGAAAGGGGAGCGGAUCUCACGGUUUGGAAACUUCAGACCUGUUCAGGAUAACUCGUGUCGACUAAUUGAGGCUAAUUUUUAAUCCAGUGCAAUUCUUAUGUAAAAGAUAGUUUUCGUUGGAUGUUGUUUACUUAAAGAACAUGAGGAGUUUUGAAAGACAUAUUGAUUGGAUUCGUUUCAAUAAAAUGAUCAGAGAGUUAACGUGUAUGUGUUUAACUGCAAAAGAAGAAUGAUAUAUUAGAAAUCUCAAUA